AUGUACUCUCGUUCUAUAUUCCUCGCGGUGGCUGCCGCCUCCAUCACCCUCGUCAAAGCCGAUGACCCCUUCGGGAGCUCUGGUGGUAUCUGUUACGCCUAUGGUGUUGACUUUAUCGAUGAAGGAAGCUACUUUAUCGACUCAGAGUCUACUGAGGACUUCUCUGCUGUAACAUACUUCAGAGGUUGCAACGCGGAUGGUAUGGCAGAUGUCGUGCUCGUCGCACCUGACGUGGAGGAAACCACUGGCGAAGAAUACUUGUGCGACAAAAUUCCAACGACACCUGACGAUGUGAACCAAGUGGCAGACUGCCCUAUCAAGAAGAACCAGAUGAGCUCAGGACACUGGCUACUUCUGAUUCUGGGAGACAAUGAAGCCAACGAGGACGGCUCGAAUGGCCAACCUUUCGCAUGGCAGAGAGAUCUCUACCUAACUGUCGGCACGAAAGUCACCAGCACGUACACUGCAACAACCACAGACACCAAGACCGAGACGCCUACUAUUACGCAAACUGUCACUACUACCUCGACGGAUGUCGUCACUGCUGGACCAUUCUCGACUGUCACGAUGCCUAGUGGCACCGCUAAGAAGGUCAAGACAAUCAGGCCAAAGGCAGUCACUACGACAACUACGAAGACCAUGACUCGCACCAGGCACUCUUGGACCAAGAGCUUUGGCGUCACCACUAAGACUGUCGAAGCCACGUGCACUACCCCGGCCCACGUGGGCAAGCCUGACAAGCCUUGCGAGUACUCGCCCACUAAAGUUCACGCGGCGGCUAUCGAGACACCUACCACCAUCCCGAAAUUCCACCGCUGGGUUCGCAAGGGCGACCGCGAAGUCGAUUACGAAUGGGCGCGUGCCCGCGUCGAGGCCGCAAAGCAGAGACGUGCGGAGAAGGCUGGACAGGUUCAGCGCCGUGCUCCUGAUGCUCCCACGACCACUGUCACUUACGAGACUCCUGUCGCAGUACUCGCUACUGUGACUGCACCAGCUAUCACCACUACUGAGAGUGUUCUUCUCACAGAGUCCGCUACAGAGACGCUUCCUCCUCCCACUGUUCUUUCCGGCCUCCUCACCUCAACUACCACGCUACCGACUCCUACUAAAACCAAGUCCAAGUUUGCCUUUACUACUACGACCGAGGUCAUUACAUUCGGCCACGUAUGGACUACGACAACGACGGUACUUCCUACCUCGUCAGUAAGUGCAUGCAAGAAGCACGGUGGGCAUUUUUGGUGGAUCUAG